AUGCGUACUGCCAUCGUUACUAUAUGCUGGUUAAUCAUGCUAUGUGAAAUCGUAAACCCAAGCCACCAAGUGCCUCAAAAUUCAGCAUCAAAAAAGUAUCGCCCGCCAUCGAGUAUGGAUGAAAAAGUAAGUUUUGAAAAAUUAAUGGGGGAAAAUAGUAUCAAUACGAAUAAGGGUUAUUAUUGACACACGGAGUUAUUCACAUGGUAGAAUUUUAAAUGACAUAAUAAUUUUUACUUAAAGUUACAUGUUUUAACUUUUGCGUUUUGUUACGUGUCCAAACAAACCUUUUCGCUUCAGUUAUUCUUUAUAAAUAUCCAUUAAUAAAUAUAAUAUCUAGUUAAUUUUGAAGUAGUGAAAGCAAGACUGGUCGUAACUUAUUAAUUUCGUGGUCAAUUAAAACUUUUACACAGCAUUAUGUAUUUAAAAACAACAUAUAUUUCAUAAGAAAAAAAUAUGUGUCGUGACUGUUUUAGUAUUAUGUUUAGUUUUAUUUUUUUUAUGAGGAGCUAACCUACAAAAAGCAAUAAUAAAUCAUAAUCAUUUUUAAAUUUUAGCUAUGCGUUAUGCCAUUCCUCAACUAAAAUGUACAGUAUCACUUGAAAUGAGGUAUUUAACAUGUUCAUUUUUAUAUUAAGUCAUUGUUUGCACGACGGCGACGCUGUAUCAAACUCUACACGAUUACACGUCCACGCCUGUGUUUUUAAUUGACUAUUGAUAUUUACGAAAAAACAAACUCUAGCUUUAAUCACUUUCCCCGACACAAUAACAAUAUAUAAUAUAAUAUAACAUAAUUAACAAAAAUAAUGUCAAAUGUCAAAUGUUAAAAUUUCAUCAGAUCGGACUGAUAAACAAUGGGAAUAUAUGUCUGACUUACGUAAAAAGCCUAAUAAUCAUCGAAGCGGAGGUGAAAAGAUUUCUAUCAUAAAAUACAUUAAAGAUACUCUCACUAUUAUUAGCUCGAUAAUUUAGUUCUAAAUAUUUAAUUUGGCCCUGACAAUUUCCCUCUAACGUUUUUAUAUAACUGUUGAUAUUAACAUACUCCUUACACAUUCUGUUUCACAAAUCCCUAGAAAUAGGCACAUUUUCUAAUGCUCUGAAGACGCGAUUUUAUAAAACACAGAUGACGUUUUCUAACUGAAAAAAUGAUGUAAUUAAAAAAUCACAAGAUACCUUUUAUAUUUGCUUUUCAAUUUAUUUUUUUACGUUAACAUCGCCAAAUAUUUUAAACAUUUAAGAAAUUUUAAUUUUUGGGAGGUUUUUUUGCUGUAAUUCUGUUAUAAAUACACGUAGAAACUUGAAACUUAGUAAUAAUAAUUAUAUUGGCUACACCUAACCGUGAUAAGGUUUCCAAAAUCAUCGGAAGACUUCUUUUUUUUUUAAAGCGUUUUGAAAUCAAAUUUCAACGAAAAUCGCAAUAAUAUUACGGUACUUCAAAUUGUGCACACAAUCGUCUUUCGUAAAGCAAUAAGUUAUCGUUGCUUACAGAUAUAAAUUAAAUCACUUUAUGUAUCCUACCUUUCCAACUUCUCCUCUACGACAGUCGCUUCUCCCAUCUCCAGUAUAAGCUCUUUUUAUAUGUUUGUUUGUUAUGUUUUAUAAUUAUUUAUUUUGCUGUUUUAAUUUAGCAUGCUGAUGUAUAACUUACGUUUUGCUGCUGUAAUGUCUUUUUGUAAAUGAAGUUUACUCCAUAUGAAAUAAACUAUAUAAAUAAAUAUAUUAUUACGCUUUAAUUACUCGUCUAAUUACUAAAUCCAUCGUUAGAAUAUUAUCAAGCAUCACGUUCAAUCAUAUAAAAAAUAUAGGUAUGUUUAUGGUAAAAAAUCGACACGUUAAUUUUUAGAAUUCAUGUUUUCGCUUAAAUUAUUGUUUAUUAAUUUUCAUUAAUAAAUAUAGGGAGGUAAUUUUAAAGUAUUUAUACUAAGAUUGGACUCGUUAUCUUCCUGGUAACCGAACUCCACUCCGAAUAAUUUUUCGUUAGAAAUGGGUAGUCGUUUCGUAUAGAUAUACAUUACAUUUAUUCUGUUACGACAUCCCUCAACUUAUCUUCUCACUUACAACAGUGGACCACCCACGUGCGAAGUAUACUAGACUUUUGUUAUUAAAUUAUUCUUAUUUAUUUUGUUAAUUUUUUUGUUUGAGAAAAGCUAAUCUAUAUUAUUUAUACAAAUAUAUCAAUGGUAAAUAGUAUACCAAUUCUACUUGCACGAAAAAUAUUACCGAAUAAUAAAAUAUUUUUGUUUACAGAUUCUGGUACAGACCCCGAGAACACAUUUGAAAAACGAACUCGGUGGUGGAUCACAGAGUUAUUCGUACUGGUUUUACAGAUCCCAAAUUCCCAAAUCCAAUAGUGAUAUUCAUUUAAAAAAACAAUGGAAAAAUGUUCAAAUGCACGACGUCAAGAUCGAAAAUAAUGACCAUAACUAUGUUAAUUCGAAAACAUUAUUUCAUAAAAUAUAAAGAUGAAAUGUUCUUUUUUUUAUUUGUAUAUGAUUAAACUAAGUAAUUUUUUUUGAUUGUAUAAAAUAAAAUAUUAACUCUAAAAUAUAUUUCAGGAUUGUACAUGGAUAAUUCAAUGCUUUUUCAAAUAUAAUAUUUUCAUUAAAUAGGAAUAUCCAUGUAUACAUAUAAUAAAAACAAAUCUUUACAAUACUUCUUUAUAACAUUAGUAGAAAGAAGGAAGAAACUUCAGCUGAAUAUGAACCGGAUCUUAUUCCGACGAAAGAAACCCCAGCUGAAAAUGAUUUAGAUCGUGUUUUAACGGAAAAAAUCCCACCUGAAAUGUCCAGUUUUUCUUAUGUUUUUUCCCACUUUUUCCCUUUUAUUAGGAAAAUUACCGGGAAAAUUAAAAAUGAUCAUCUUAAAGUAGCACGUUGAGAAAAUUUUCUUUAAAAAAAAACGUCGUUUGCAUCGUAUACAUCGGAACAAGAUUUCUAAAACAGUUUUUGUACAAAGUAUAAGAAAAUUAAAAAAAAAAAUAAUAAAAUCUUUGUAAAACCAAUAAAUUUUUCACUACACUCAAAAUCUAAAACUGAAAAUAAUAAAAGCAUUAUUUUUGUAAACUUGUCAGUUCUUUCUUGGUAUUUUUGGAUUGUACUCAAUUAUUAAAAAAGCUACCGGAAGAAAUAAUAAUGGCAUUUUUACUCUUCUACAAGAUAAUAAAUACAAAAAAAGAUUCUUGUUUUUUUUUUCGAUUGUUAAAAAAUGUCAUACGUAAAAAUUUAUUAUAAUGAAAUCGUACGCCGUGAAUUUGUCAAUUUUCAUUUUAAGUCUUUUAAGGGUUUUCCCGAUUAUUGUGAACACUACAUGGGAAAUCAAAAAAUUACUUUCUUCAUGAGCAUCUAGAUAUCUAAAAUUUAAUAAAAAAAGUUUUCUAGGAAUUUUUUGAUUACCUACAGAAAUACUUCUAGUAGAAAACAUAAUAGGCACAAUUUGAAAAUAAUGAAAUCCGUAACACAUCGUCACGCUGUAAGUUUUGACCAUUUUAAAUAAAAUAAAACUUUCGUUCAUCACAAUUAUUUUUAAAAAACCUCAGUAAAAAUUAAAAAUCGACCUAUAAAAUGCACUAAAUAAUCAAAAUUCCCUUUCAAUAAAGUACAAUACUCGAUAGCUAGAUUUUUUUUCGAAGCAGAAAAAAAAAUUUAAAAAAAAAGCCCAUAUUUGUGAAAGGUGCAGCCAGUAGCCAUUUGCCGUAGGUAAGAAGUUGAACAAUUAGGAUAAAUAAUGUUAUUUAAUUUAUAUCUGUAGUCAAAGAUAAACUAUUCCUAACGAAAAACGAGAACGAAUUUUAGCAAGAAAUAUUUUAACGUACUUUGUACAAUUUUCAUAUUAUGUAUAUCUAUAAUGACAAAGUUUCCAAAAUGUUUUUCCCGACUAAUUCUCGUUAAAAUGUUUGUUUGUUUUAUUACAAAUACCCGUAGUUUCAAUGUAAAUUCGGUGCAAAUCGACGAAAUAUUUUUCUAUUUUAAUCUAACGAUUUAAAACUAAAGGGGAAAAAUAUAAUUUAUUCAAGGUACUAUUUGCAUAACAAUGGUUCUGUUAAUGAAAUAUUAGCUAUACAAGACCGAAAAACGGUGUUAAUUAUUUAUACAUGAAUUGAAAUCAACGAUGAUACAUUUGUAUGCACUUGGUAAUUAUUUUUAGUAAGAUGGAAUUGGAACCGUUGUUUAAUUUCUUUAUCUAACUCGUACACAUUGGUGUGACAAUUUAGACUAAUUCAAAAGCAUUCCGAACGAUGAAGUUACUCAAUGUGAAUUUUGAAAAUGAUAUAAAAUUCAGCGAGAAUGUGUACACGCACAUCACAUUAAACAUUUUAAAUAAUUUUUUUGAUAUUUUUGUCAAUAUUAUCCAAUGAUUUUUGUUGAAAAUUAUGACUGAUAAUCGAAAAAAUACACUGAUCAACCUAGCGUAGGUACACUAUAUACGCUUAAUUCGAAUCCCUUUUCAGAAUAUUUCGUAUGGCUGCGUUACAUCGUUCGUCAUUCGACAAACUUAUCGAUAUAGUUAAUUGUAAAUAUAAUAGGUGCUUUGUAAACAAAAAAAUGAAGUGUUAAUUUCAAACUCGAAGAAAACAUUGUCAAAACUAUCAUAUCAUGAUGUUUUCCAAAAUAAUCAGAAAUUCCCCGGAUCACGCGGAAUGUUCGUUUUCACUCGUAAAAUCUAAUGCCGUGAUGGACUGCAGUGUUUUCAACAAAAAAUAAUACAGUAAUAAUUACUUGGAGAAAAAACAAGAAAAAUCGACUUUUUAAAAUUGUUCAGGAUGAAUAAAUACAUUUGUUUUCAGUGACAAAAACAAAUUUCAAACUCUGUAUAACACAUUUUAAUUUCUAUUGAUAGGUAAUGCCCGAAAAUAAUAAACACAAUUUGUUUUACUAUGUUGGUUACUACAUUUUUUAAAAAUAAUUAUCAAAAUUAAGCUGGCAAUUUUCAAAAAGAGUGGACUUACCUUGUUAUAUUAUACUAUAUUAUGUUGUAGUGCACCGGCGGGCGACGGAAUAAAAAAUUAGGUAAUAUCGCGAAUCUACUUACCUGGUAUAAUGAUCAAUUAUAGUACAUUAUAGUCGGAUUACAGAAGACAUACACGAUCUAUAGAGUUCCCUUUUCAACCGAAUAAGCUCGAAAACUAAAACGUAAGUUAUAGUUUUUUUUUUAAUUUUUUAUACUACAAAAUCUUGACGUCUCAAAUCUAAACAGGAAUACGAGAUUAUAAUAUAUAUAUAUAUAUAUAUGUAUUUGAAACACAUUCAUGAAUAUCUCACCGUCGGUAUCAAAAGUUCAAAAAAUACGCUAAAAUAAUAAACCAAAAGUUGUAAAAUAAUUUUUUCAAAAUAUUUUCACAUUUUUGGACAUUUGCAUAUAGAUUAUUAAUUCAAAAACAUUAGAAUUAAAAUUUUAGAAAAAAAUUAUGAAAUAAAUUAAACAUACCAAUAUUUGUGUAAAAAUAAUUGUACUUUUACGUUAUUAUUUUUUUGAAAACACGCAACAUAGUUUUUAAUUCAUAUACUUAUUAUUUACAAUUUAAUUAGUAUUUACCGUCAUAUCAUGUGUAUCGCGUAAAACAAUAUAUCAAUUAUAAAUGUUAAUAGAAAGAACGUGUGAUAAUUAUAUGAAUAGAAUGCGCAAUUUUUUGUUUGCGUUGUUAUUUUUGAAUUUCGGAAAGUGUAGUUUUCUUAAAAUAGUUUUUUAUUUUUUUUGUUAACAUACAACAGGAAACGUCUAUUAUGCUCACAAUUACAUUUUCCCGGACAUAAAAGAAAUUUUAAUUUUUGGUAGUUUUUGAUGUAAUUCGGUUAUUAAUACACUAAGAGACCUCAUACUCGGUAAUAAUACUUAUUUUGGACAUAUCUAGACGUAGUUAAAUGUCCAAAAUUAUCGCAAGACUUUUUUUUUAAAAGCGUUUUGAAAUCAAAUUUCAACGAAAAUCGCAAUAAUAUUGCAGCACUUCAAUAUUGUGCACGGAAUCGUCUUUCGUAAAGCAAUAGGUUAUCGUUGCUUACCGAUAUAAAUGAAAUCACUUUAUGUAUCCUACCUUUCAACUUCUCCCCUACAACAGUGGCUUCUCCCAUCUCCCAUCUAAAUUUUUUGUUUCCAACUGUUCUAAUUUCGAGUAAAAAAUAUUUAGAUAAUUUAUUUUUUACAGUGCUUUUUUUCCUAAACUCUUCGUUAACAAAGCAAAACUUUUAACCGAACACCACUCCGAAUCAUUUUUUGUUAGAAAUGGGUAGUCGUUUCGUACAGAUAUACAUUACAUUUAUUCUGUUACGACAUCCCCCAACUUAUCUUCUGCCUACAACAGUGGACCACCCACGUGCGACGUAUGCUAGACUUUUGUUAUUAAAUUAUUCUUAUUUAUUUUAUUAAUUUUUUUUUUUUUAAAGAACUAAUCUAUAUUAUUUAUACAAAUAUAUCAAUGGUAAAUUGUAUACCAAUUCUACUUGUACGAAAAAUAUUACCGAAUAAUAAAAUAUUUUUGGUUACAUAUUCUGAAAGCAUCAAUAACGGACGGAAAGCCAGACCCCGGUGUCUUCUCUUUUAAAGAUAUUUAUCGGGACAUAUAUAAUAGACGACCCCUACCAUAGUUAAAUGACAUGGGCAGAUGAAUUAAAUGCAUACCGCCCCUUAGUAUUUCCCAUCACACUCUAUCGGUCAGUUGUAACGUUUGUCUACUUCUUCGGCUCGGAAGGUAAGAAGAGAAAGUAAGAAGAAGAAAAAAUUAAUCCAUGGUAGAUAAAUAUGAAAUGUUCUUUUUGUUUGUUUGCAUAUUAAUAAACUAGCAACUGAGCAAUUAGUAAUUUUUUUUAAUUAUAUAAAAUAAAAUAUUAAUUCUCAACUAUAUUUCCGGAAUGUACAAGGAUAAUUAGAUGCUUUUUCAAAAUUAAUAUUUUCUUUAACUAAAAUAUAUAUAUAUGUAUAUAAUAAUCCAGCAAAUCUUUACAAUAUUUCUUUAUAAUAUUACUUUGAAAACUGUUCCGAUCAUCAUUUAAAUAUAUAAUUAGGUUAUUACAGGUGAAAGCGAAUAAGGAAAUAUAAUAAAUGUACACACUUAAUGCUAGCGUCAAUUAAAUAUUCUUAUUUGUUUUUUUUUUUUUUAUUUAUAAGCACUUAUUUUUAUAAAAAAAAAAAAUAAAAAUCCCCAGAGAAAUUAUCCAUUUAGUCAAGACUUUUAAUCACGUUUCCUUUCCUUUCAAAUAUAUUGAUUUUAUAUUCUUUCUCUUUUUUUUUUUAUUAUUAUUGGAUAAGAUCAAUACGUACGUAUAAUGGAUUGUUUCUUAUUUUAAAUGAUUAAUUAAAAAAGUAACAAAUCCAUUUUCUUUUUCUGGUAGCUAUAUAGUUGAAAUGAUAUCUUAAUAAGCAAUAUAUAUAAGUACAUAGAAAAAAAAAAUGUAAAUCUUGGUGAAUAAAUAUUGGUACUCCUUAAUCUGGUCGCCAGAAUGUGUUUGUUUCGAUUGACUGCUUGGCUGGGUCGGUAUCUCCUUCUGAGUCACCGUUACUUCAGUGGAUCUAGUAACUUCAGAUGUAACGGUACGUCUCAUUGCUAAUACUUCGUGAAAUUUCGCACUAUUUACCCACUCAUCUAUUUAUUGUACGGGGGUAUCGAGGAAUAUUCAGGCUGGUGCCAGAAUAUGUGGUCAUUAUAACUUUUCUCGCAAGACUGUCAUGGGGAAAAUCAAUGAAGUAAAGAUGGUGGAUAUGCUCACACGUUUGACCUGCUUAUACAGACCCGUGGGACAACACCGGAAAUUAACUCGAAGAAAGAUACCCCAAUUGAAAACGAACCAGAUCUUAUUCCGACUAAAGGAUCUCCAGCUAAAUACGAACCAAAUCCUAUUCCGACGGAAGAAACCCCAGCUGAAAAUUAUUUAGAUCGUGUUGAUGGGAAGGGGAGAAGUGUUAUUAUGUGA